AUGCGUCAGCCACAAGGGGAAGCGGCUCGACCAUCUCAAACCGCAACCCCGCGACCCUUUAGACCCAGCAACAUCAGGUUCCAGGAAAGACGGCCUCGUGUUAUCCAGGAUGGGAAUCGCCAGCUGUCGUCCUCGGCUGAUCGGGUUCUCGGUGAUGCACGGUCUCGACCUGCUCAGACCGCUCGCCCAAUCGAGAUUUAUACCAUCCAGCCACCUACACCUGUAUCUGUUCGAUAUUAUCGACGAGUACGCCCGACAGAAAGGAGGGAGCGGGUUGUGUAUGAUGACCAGCGGUACUCUGGUCGGUGGCUCUGA